UGCUCACCAAACAGCCAAUCAGAAGAGGUCUGAAGACUUGACAGGAGUUUUUCACUAGGCUCGAGUGUCACAAGUUUUUGGUCUACUUCGUGGCCCCAGGUGGUGCACUGCAGGAGGGACAUUGUCAGUAUUCAAGCAGGGCGGCAUGGACAUUGUAUGUGUUUGCCAAUAUAUGGAGGCUUGGAAAAGUAAGAGGACACAAGUAGUCUGAAGCUUCUGAGCCCCUGUCAACUGAAUCCAGUCAUAAUCUUGCUCUCUCGCUAUGAGCUGCCUGGAUGUGAUGUACCACCAAAGCUAUGGAGCACACCUCCUCCCAACAGAAGCCUACAAAUCUACUUACUACAACCACCACUACCAGCAACAGCAACAACAACAACAGAGGAGGCUGAAUGCUCACAGUAAGAUGCACAACUGUUCGGGCCAGCAACAAGGUGAAGGACGAGGAACAUUAUCCAGAGAUCAGAGUCUCCGUCUGGCUCCUGGAACCGAAUCUGGAUGUGUAUCAUUACAUAACUUGGAGGUCAAAGACGGAACUCAACCAGCAGGUGCGGAGUAUCUGAACUCCCGAUGUAUAUUGUUCACCUACUUCCAAGGGGACAUCAGUGAUGUGGUGGAUGAACACUUUUCUCGGGCCCUGAGUCAGUCGGCUGAAAUGAACAGGGAGACCAAGCCGAUACGGAUGACUCAGACGCCUGCCUCAAGCGCUUCCCAAUCAUGGAAAGAUGGCGAGUCACUCCCAGACGGUCAGAGUAGUCCAUCUUGGAGCAGUUCCUACCAAUCCCAUUCUGCUACCUGCCUCCCUCCUGUCUCUGUCUCAGUCCACCCCGAAUUCUCCCCAUGUCCGAUUUCCCUCAACCACUCUGAUGGAGGUCUUUGGGCUGGUCAUGUGCUCUCUCAAGCCAGCCUCCAACCAUUGGCUAGUCUCACAGACAGCUGGACCUACAGCCUGAACCCUCAGAGCACAAGUGGCUACCCCAAUGUUCAAGAUAUCUACCAUCCUCACCCCCAUGCUCAUGUCCAUACUCGACAUCCCCACCAACACCGACAUAGUGUGUUUCAUUCAUAUCCAAGCCACAGCUCACCGCUGGAAUCAAGGUUUAGUCCUCUUCUGUUGCCCGGUGUGAGGAACCAAAGCCAGUCAGCAACUAGCGCAGGGAGUUCCCCACACAGCGAGAGUGCAAAGACGGACAUGGACCCCAGCAGCAGUAGCCCAAUUAUGGCUUCAUCUGUUUCAUGGAACCCUUCACCACUUCAUGGAUCCCUUGAGUUGUAUGAUUCAGCUCAGGACCAGACCAAAGCAAAGUCAUCAGUUUGGUUCUAACUGCUUACAAGCAUUAGGGAAGGACUCAUCUUACACUAAGAGGGACCAUCAAUAUGUAGCUGCAAAACUUGUACUGCAAUGUACAAUAUGGACAACUUCACCACUGUUCCUACCAUACCAGCACAGUUUAGGAUGGAGAUCAUUGAUGACUUGGAGUUCACAGAAAUCUUUUGGUUACUGCCAAUGAGGAACUUCAUGUCUUCUGUCAUUUUUUUAUUGGCCAAAACAGUUUUUAUUUGUUUGUUUUUUAAUGUGUGUUUAAGUGGUUCUGUUUCAAGAACUGUUUGAGUCAAUACCACUAUAAAUUGCAUUUGGAGUCCACAAAUCAUGCAAUUUUCAUUUGUUUUGAUCUCAGAGGAAAUGAUUGUAAACCAAUUCAUUAGCUUAUUGCCUGCCAUUGACAAAGAUAGACAACCAAUUCAUGUAAUCUGGGAGAAUUGGCUUUGAAUGCUCAUUGAAGGCACUAGAUGUGCAACAAGUCAAAAUGGACUGGAUGUCUAGCACUGUCAGUGGCAGCCAAUGAGCUAACAAUAAUAUGAAUCUGUAAAAAACAAAAAACAAACAGCAACAAAAAAAAAAAACAAGCAAUCAUUUUUGAGUAAUCUGUCAUCUUUCUUCAAGAGAGGCAGAAACCGUGGCUCUUUAUAGUAUAAAUUAUGGUUACCAAUUUACGUUUGAAAUGGAGAGGCCUCAAAGACACCUUAUUGUGAUAUUGACUCAUACACAAAAUGAUGUACAGUUUUGCCUCUUUUUUUUUUUUUUCCCGCUGGAUGACCUUUGUCCCUUGAUGCUAGCUUUGAAUCUUUGUCUCAAGGGAUGUGUGAUUUAUAUUUUGAUACUGU